AUGGAGCGAAGUAACCGGCCAACCAACAUUACAUCGGCACUGGAAGCUCUGUCCCCCUGGCUGAACAAUCCGCGGCGGACAGUGAUCAAGAUCGAGGGUUUCGUGGCAGCAGCUGUCGGACUGCUGUUUUUACAGCUCAUAUUGGGUUCCUUCCGUCGGCGAACCAGCAACUCCUUCAUCCAUGGGGGCCUGUGGCUGGCCUACACCCUCCUGCCCCUUCUUAUCACCUAUACUCUCGGUCUCAUGCAAUCGUCUCCAAUAAAGAUUGGACUGUACCCUGUGUGGGGACUGUCCCUGUUCAUGCUUGCGGGAGGUGCCAACUCCAUCACGGCCUACGACAUCGACGACAACAAGAAGUGGCUGCGGCGAUUCUUUGUUCUUCUUCAGUGCUAUUUGUACAUGUUCCUUCUAUUGUCACUGUUCAUCCCUACCCGUGGUUGGUUCGGGAAGCCUGAGGUUCACUUCCAACCAUAUAGGCAGCCAAACUAUAUUCUUUUUGUUGGCCUGACCACGACUGCUGUAGGUAUUACUCUCUUCGCAAAUAGGACUGGACUCAUUGCUAGCUUUAUGGUCAACUACUCCGGUGAUAGCAAACGGGUAGCCGACUACAUGAAGGAUCAGGCCAUAACAAGAGGUGAUUCCCAAGAGUUUGAUCCUGUCAGCAUGAAGGGCUGCAAAUACCCGGUAUACUGGCGUGGUCCUGUGCGAACUCGGAGAGGUGGAAGCUACAGAUUUAAACUAGCAGAUGAAGAUGUCGCCACUGUCGAGAUGAUCUGGGAGAAAUGCAACGAAGAUAUGUUCACCUCACCUGGCGUCAGCUCGCGGAUUAAAGGUGCCUGCCUUUCAUUUGCCUUGUCUCACUUGCUGAGGCGUCGCUUCUUCGGGAUGGAUUGCUCUGAGGCUAGCCUUCCAGAGACACGUCAGUUUGUCCUUGAAGGGUUGCUAUCAGAGAACAACAGUGACCAAUACACAGAAGCAUUCAGGGUGAUUGAGGUAGAGUUAGGAUUCCUCUACGAUUGCUUCUACACCAAGUAUGCUUCUAUCUUUCAGCUGGAGAAUUUCUUCUUUAUUACAACCGCUCUGAAGAUAAUUUUCACAUUUUCUAUUGUACUAGCUCUGCUUUAUAAAUCACCGACUAUCCUGACACGUAACCCAAUUAUUGAAGUGGAUACCGAAACAAUUGAUAUUGUUAUUACGGUGGUCAUUCUUGGAAUAUUCCUUUCAGUGGAAAUAUUGCAAUCCAUACUGUACCUGGGAACAGAAUGGGCCAUGGUAUCACUAGCUUGCUAUCAUGUCACAGAAAGUGCUUGCCAUGGAUACAUCCCAUUUGCCCUCCGCAAGGCAUGUGAGUUUCUUUUUAAACUCCCUUUAUUCAGUAAUUGGCAGAAUAGUAUAGGCCAGUACUCAGUGAUAGAAGGCUCAAAUGUGUCCGCCUUCCUGUUAAACCUUACUGCUUUUGUACACCGUUUGGUGAAACUAUUUUUAGGCAAAGGUUCGCAUUUUGUGAGGUUACCUGAUAUAGUGAAGGAUGAGAUUGUAUCCUCACUAAAAUCCAAUAGUGAAGGCCAUCUAACUAAUGGGAAAGUAUCGUUGCAGCGCAAUGGUGUUUUGGAACAGUUCUCAUGGGCAUUACAGAAUGAGACUCAGACAGACAACAUGCUUAUUUGGCACAUUGCCACUGAUUAUUGCAGUAUCGCAGCAUGUGAGGAGGAAGAUGUGUUUGUUUGGCACAUCGCCACUGAUUCUGCACAAGAGGGGCAGAAGCAGCUUUCGAGUCAUCAGUACCGUGAGGUUGCAACCACAUUAUCGCGCUACUGCGCGUAUCUGAUGUCUAAGAUCCCAGAGUUGCUUCCAGGGAAUUUUGUAGAUACCAAGUUUGCAUUCGACCAAGCGAUGUAUGAAGCAAGAGAAGCAUUGGGAACCAAGAGGCGAAAUAGAGAGGGACUGCUGAGCGCCAUUGACCGCUCCAGAGAAGAAGAAGAAGAAGACACCAUCUUUACCAAAGGACUUAAGCUUGGGACAAUGCUAGAGAGCAUAGAAGACAGUUUUCUGCGCUGGAAGUUGAUGGCUGAGUUCUGGGCAGAGACCAUCCUCUACAUUGCACCGUCUGACAACGUCAAGGCGCACAUGGAACGCCUUGCGCAAGGCGGGGAGUUUCUGACGCACAUCUGGGCUCUCCUCACUCACGCGGGCAUCCUGACUCGCCCAGUGGAGCCAGCCCGCGGGGAAGACAUUGCAUAA